GCGGAUUAUGUCUAAUUUAACCAAUGAGAGUUGUAUUAACUUUGGCAGCUCCAAGUACAACAUAGCCCUAGGUUUAAGGUCUGGCCUAUCCUUUCUCUCGUGUGGUUUCAUCUUUUGUAUGCUACUCAUCAUCCUCCUCUUCAAAAAAUACAAGUUCUUCUCACAACGUUUACUCUUGUACCUUGCCUUAAGCUGUAUGCUCAAUCUCUUGACAGCUGGACUCAAUUUGUAUGGGACCAAAGCCUACAACACUACUUCAUCAUUCAUCACUAUAUACUGUAAGGUUGCUGGCUUUUCUGAGCAAAUUACAAUAUGGUGGACAAUAAUGGCUACUUUCUGUAUUGUCAUUGCUUUAUUCAUAAAGGCAGUUUGUGGAAGGACUACGAGUCAAUUUGAAUUUGGGUAUGUGCUCAUUAUUUUUGUCUUUCCCCUUAUUUUUUCAUGGAUCCCGUUUUACUACGAUGCCUACGGCCCUGACGAUAUGUUUUGUUGGAUAAGGGAAGUCAAUUUGAGCGAUUGCAAUAAUUAUUUUAAAAUAGGUAUGAUCCUAAGAUACACUCUUUAUUAUGUUCCUCUCACACUCCUAAUGCUAUUACUGGUAGCCUUGUACAUCCCUGCUGUCAUCAUUGCUCAUAAAAAGAAGAGCAGAUGGUCUGGUAAUUUUGACCCCGAAGCCAUUGCUAUUCGAAGGAUGAUUGCCAUGGAAAUACGCCCACUCAUUUACUACCCACUGAUUGUGCUGGUAAUUAACGUAUUUCCACUCCUCAAACAACUCUAUGCAACCAUCAAUGAUGCAACUUCAAGUGAACAUGAUGGUCUUAACCACAAUUUAACAACUUAUUUCACUCUCUCUGUCAUUUCGUAUGUCAUUUACCCGUUUCAAGGGGUUCUGGUAACAUUGGCGUUUACGCUGGACCCGGAGACUAGGAAACUCCUCACUUGGAAGAGAUUCGUCGCUGCAUUCCUUCAGACUUGUUGCUGCAGAUCAAGAGGGAUUGUUAGGAGUUAUUCAAUAGUACAUGGUAGAAGUGAUUCCCUUAAUUACGGCUCAACCAGUCGCGAUAGGGCAGCGGUGACUCAAGAUGAAAGCUGUGAUCCUGAUGGCUUGCAUAUGAAGUUAAACUGGGAGUAAACUGUUUACCAUUCAUCACUAUAGCAUGUAUAGGAAACUGGUAGAUCAACACUAUUGAGCGCUGCACAUGCAUUAUUUUUAUUUUGUUUUUUAAUUUUUGAGCUCACUCAGAAGCACACAAAA